GAUAGUGGAAAAUUUGUAAUAAAUUAAUUGCUUAUUGUUUUGUUAGGCAUUCAAAAUUGCGAGUUAUAUAAAACUGAAGUUUAUUUUAGCUCCAAUAUUUAGAAUUCAUCAUUGUAAUGGCGUCAACGAAAUUAAAAGGUAAACCUAGAAACAAAUCUGAUCCGUGCCCAUGGCUUUGUAACAUGGUCCCGGUGAACGUGCCUGGUCCAGGAGCAGCCCAAGCCAUGCUUCAUCCCAGGAAAGAUGUGUUUGUACUUAAAGUGGCAAAAGUUGGAGCGAAUGGUGAUAGGCGCUGUAAAAUGGAACUAGAAUUAGUGACUCCGAAAGGUCCGGAAAGGAAACCUCCAGGUCGUUGUGACACAAGGGAAGCCCAAUGUGAACCAGAAUGUGAUUGCUGCUGUGCGCGAAAAUUAAAGAAGAAAAAAUAAGCAUGCUUCAUCGACAACUAUACAAUUAUAUUUAUCAUAAAUAAAGCACAUCUUAAAUUGA